AUGCUUGCCAUGCGGAGACUCAAAGGCUCACCUAGAGCUCGAGAAAUCCUCGCAGGCUUAGUACGAUAUCUUCAUGCAUUUUGUCACGAUGUGAAUAUCACUACAAAGGAACUUCACAUUGCCAUCGAAGCCCUGAACCGAUCUGGCCGGAUGAGUAUCCCUGAACGCAAUGAGACGUUAUUGAGAGCAGAUUGCUUGACACAGAAAGCUCUAGAGGACAACACCAACCCCACCAAUUCCUGCGUUCUCGGCCCAUUCUAUACGGCUGACCCUCCACGUUACGAGAACGGCGACAGCACUAUUCAGAAACACCUAGGCGGCGAAGUGGCAUUCUUCCAUGGUCGAAUUUUGGAUGCAGAUAGCAAUUUGCCGGUUGCAGGGCUUUCUCUGAAUAUAUGGCAAUGCGCUGUCAACGGGUUAUAUGACCAACAAGACCCCGACCAACCAUCAGGGGACAUGCGUGGUAUGUUCACCUCCAAUACGGAUAUGGCCGGUACGCGUUCCACUGUAUAA